AUGGCGAGUGAUCCUUCGCUAAAUGUUUCCGAGGAAGAUUUUGAAUUCGACGAAACAGAAUAUACGACAGAUGAGGAUAAUUCAGAGAUGAAUUCCCUCAAAGUAACGAACCAUCAGACUGACGAAACAAACAAUGUUCAUACUACUGAAGAGCCAAACACCAACGUCGAGACCGCUGUCGAGCCCCCCCCUAACGUUAGCAGUCCUGAAAGUGUGAGGGGGAAGGUAACGAUGGAUCAGGCAAACCACGACCAAGAGAAACUAGAUGACAGCAUCGAAGAAGCUAAAAUGUUACCACAAAUAUACACCUCAAAAACACUCACACAAGAAGAGAUGUUAGCCCUGUACUGCGAUAACUUGAUAAGGGAUUCUACGGUGAACUUCACAUCAUGUGAUGGAAAAGGUCUACAGUCACUUCAGGUCACAGUCUUUCUUGCUGAACCUUUUUCCUCAAAUGUGGCCAAUCUGCCGAGGGAGCUAGUUGAGGAAGUUCUGAAGGAACUCAAUUAUACAGUGCCAGUCUUGGAUGUGUACCCCAUAGCGGGACAAGGCUCUGGUGUAGACAAAAUUGCUGAGGCUCUCGAGCAUGCCAGGUUUUUUAAUGAUGUCUUAUGGAGAGAAUGGGACACUGAGUAUAAGUUUGGAGACUAUGCGAAUGUCAUCAAGAAACGGAUACAGCUGCAUCAUAAAACUCAAAAUGGAUCAAUUCCUGGCCCAGCUUGCGAGUGGUAUCGCGUAGCACUUGAAGAAUACCGCACCAAAAGGCAGGAACUCUACAAGUUUCAGAAGAACCUCAGCGGGGAGGUUUCACCUAUGGAAGCCAUUGAAUGCUGGAAGAAAUACUAUGAAGUGAUGAUGCACUCUGGCAUUCUCAAGUUUUGGGAGGAUUUCAGUGUCUGGAGCCAUGCCCUGCCCUAUCCGAGGAUCAUUAAAUGCAAAGCGGGAUGCAGGGCAUCUGGGAGGACGUUUACUCAUGUAGUCGCUCUCUCUCUAACAACUGCCAUGAUGAAAAGUUUUCCGCCAGACAUGUGUAUCAAGCAGCAUGACAGUUUAUCGGCUGCCUUGAGCCACUGUUUUGCCGGGGACACAGUGGUCAUUUACCCAGGAGAAUGGGAGGGUCAUUUGGCACCGCUCACCGAUGAUAUUGUCAUUAAGGGCAGUGAAGAUAAGCAUGAAGUGGUGAUCAUCUCUGACCCCACCUGCGAAAACUUUGUGACGUCCAACGCCUCUAAGGUGACACUGCAGAACCUGACGCUGGUUCAGAAGGGCACAUGCGACGGGAUCGUAGUGGUGGAAUCAGGACGGAUGUGUCUGGAUAACUGUGUGCUAAAAUGUGAGGGAACCGGGGUACGCGUCUUCACUGGGGCAUCUCUCAUCAUGACCAACUGUGAGGUCACUGGAGCUCAGGGUGCUGGGGUAGAGCUGUACCCAGGGAGUGCCGCUGAGUUGCAUGGGAAUGAAAUCCAUCACUGCAGUAAAGAUCUCAACAUUUCAUCAGGAGGCAUCUGCAUGAAGGUUAUACCUCACCCGCAGCUGAAGAUGAGUAACAAUUAUCUCCAUGACAACCAGGGGUAUGGGGUCACAGUGUCAGUGCCUGAAAACACCGCUGUUGACAUUACGGAAGUAAAACCUAAGCCAGUAGAAGCAGAUGAGUUGUCCGAGACAUUUCAGAAACUCCACAUGGAAAUCUAUGCUAAUAAAAUGGAGGCUAAUAGUAUGGGAGAUAUAGGGUUGAAAAAAAACUAG